AGUCCCACGUGGUACGUUCUCAUUGGUCUAAAUACCCACAACUUCGCUCCCAUUGGUCAGUUUCCAUAAGAACCACGUAGGAAGGAAGCACUGGUGUGACGAGUGAGUGGGUCGUCGUCGUCGUCGUCGGGGUCCUCCUUCCACCGGCUUCAUUAGUCGUUAAUUCCCACCGUCUCCCGUGCUCUGCUCUGCAGCACAGCCACCGCCAAGAAGCGAAGAUCUACGUUAAACCCCACUCUCCCGGUGUAGCGGAAGACAUUGGGGCAGGAUCUCGCCUCGCAUAAGGGAGCAACAAACCCUAGGUUGGUCCGGCCCCCGUCGGAGAGAUCCGACUCUCUCCAUGGCGCAUCUCGGGACGAAGCUGCUGUUCCUAUUGUCCGCUCUCUGCUACGCCCUCAUCGCAGCCGCAGGGAACAAUUACUAUGAUAUACUGCAAGUGCCGAAGGGUGCUUCGGACGAGCAGAUCAAAAGAUCGUAUCGGAAGCUCGCGCUGAAGUAUCAUCCUGAUAAGAAUCCUGGCAAUGAGGAGGCUAACAAGAAGUUUGCCGAGAUUAAUAAUGCAUACGAGGUGCUAUCCGAUAGCGAGAAGAGGAACAUAUACGACAAGUAUGGAGAAGACGGUCUUAAACAGUUUGCAGCUGGCGGCGGCAGAGGGGGAGGAAUGGGAAUGAAUCCCUUUGAUAUUUUUGAAGACUUUUUUGGAGGAGGAAGAGGUCGCGCAGAAGAGGAAGAGCAAAUUCCAAAAGGUGAUGAUGUAAUCGUUGAGUUGGAUGCUACAUUGGAAGAUUUGUACAUGGGAGGUACAUUGAAGGUCUGGAGGGAGAAAAAUGUAAUAAAGCCAGCUCCUGGAAAGAGACGCUGCAAUUGCAGAAAUGAGGUCUACCAUCGGCAAAUAGGUCCAGGGAUGUUCCAACAGAUGACUGAGCAGGUCUGUGAGCAAUGCCAAAAUAUCAAAUUUGAACGGGAAGGAUAUUUCCUGACUGUUGAUAUCGAGAAGGGAAUGCAAGAUGGUCAAGAAGUGGGCUUUUUCGAAGAUGGUGAGCCUAAAGUUGAUGGAGAAUCUGGGGAUUUGAAGUUCCGCAUUCGCACAGCUCCACACGAUCACUUCAGACGGGAAGGAAAUGACUUGCACACUACAGUGACCAUUACACUGGUUCAAGCUCUUGUUGGUUUCGAGAAAACGAUAAAGCACCUCGAUGACCAUCUUGUGGACAUCAGCACGAAGGGGAUUACCAAGCCGAAGGAAGUGAGGAAAUUCAAAGGGGAAGGGAUGCCUCUGUACUUGAGCACGAAGAAGGGAGAUCUGUAUGUCAUCUUCGAGGUCCUAUUCCCCACGUCCCUAACAGAAGAUCAGAAGACGAAGAUCAAGGCUGUCCUAGGCUAGACUACGUUGUGGGACUGAAACUCUUUCUUGGAAUCUCGGAUCGAAAGGCUUAGAAAUCCUUGAGGUGUUUUCCAACCCUUUUUGUUUCGACAUUUCCUAACAAAACUAGAUUAGUAGGGAAGCACUUUUUUUCUUUUUAGAGUCUACAUAGGUUGUCUUUGCUGUAAUUCUAAUGGUUCCUGCAUUACGGGGCUGCCAUGAAUUUUGUAUACUCUCAUUUAUCAUCUUUGCUUCCUCUUUCUCAUCGACCAAGGUGGGGAAUGAGGAAUGAGAAAUAUCAUCGUGAGAUACUUACCGUGA